AUGGUACAAGACUCGAUUGAAUAUGCCAAAAAAUGUCAGGCAUGUCAAAUUCAUGGGGAUUUUAUUCGCCAACCACUAGAACCUCUACAUCCUACAGUUGCAUCAUGGUUAUUUGAUGCAUGGGGACUUGAUGUGGUUGGUUUCUUGCCUAAGUCUUCUCGCCAGUACCUCUUCAUCCUAGUAGCAAUGGAAUACUUUUCCAAAUGGGCUAAAGAAGUUACUAUUCGAGAAGUAAAAAAGGAAGGUGUUGUCAACUUCCUCCGAACUCUCAUUGUCUACGGUGUUCCACGCUACAUAAUCACAGAUAACGAGAAACCAUUCUCAGCAGCAUUGGUGACACAGCUUUGUGACAAGUUUGGCAUUAAGCAGAGGUUUUUAACCAUGUACAAUGCAAUGGCCAAUGGACUUGCAGAGGCCUUUAACAAAACUUUGUGUAAAUUACUUGAGAAGAUUGUGUCAAAGUCCAAGAGAGAUUGGCAUGAACGCUUGGAUGAGGUCUUAUGGGCAUACCGGACAUCUUACCCCACCGCUGCAAAUGCAACUCCUUUUGCUUUAGUAUAUGGUGUAGAAGUUGUACUUCCCCUAGAGAGACAAAUGAACUCCCUAAGGAUGGCUAUCUAA